AUAGCCAAAAGAAAAAAAAAGUCAGAGAGUCACGAAAGUAGACAUUGUUUUUUAGCCGUAAAUUUUAAUGAAAAUUUAUAGAAAACUUAUCAAAUCGUAUUGAGUAUGUUUUUUUGUUGUUCCUAAAAUAUUUUUUAUUCAGAAUGUCUGGUGCUGAACAUAUUUUCCGCGUCCGAAGACUAUAUAAGUUGAUAUUCCGCGUGCACAGAGCGCUGCCGGCGGAACUGCGUGUGAUGGGAGACAAUUACGCGAGAGAAGAGUUCAAACGGCACAAGAAAUGUAAUCCAGAAGAAGCUCGGAUAUUUCUAAACGAAUGGACUGACUAUGCAAUAGGCCUCGCACAGCAGAUGAAGCCACUGCAGCAAGCUAAACGUAAGACAGUCGGCAAGUACAUAGAUCCCCAGUUACUGGACCACAUGACCGAUGACCAGAUCGUUCAACUUUACGAACUGCACAAAGCCGCCACACAAGAAGACACAGAAAAUACGGACAGUACCAAAGACACAGUUGAGAAAAAGUGAAGUAAGGCGAUUAUCCCACUGCGCCGCGCUCCGCUGCGGUACGCGGGACGA